UAGCUUCUAACUAAAUUAACAAAGAUCUCCUUUCAACCGUCGACAUCGUUCGCACACAACUCCCGGUUUUGGAUGGAACAAAAAAAGAAAGCCGCUUGUCCACAAAAAGAUAGAUCUGACCCCACCUAAUUACCGUACAAACUGCUUCGCUACCAGUAAGAAUUGAGAGACAAGGCAACCAUGAUGAAGACGGUAGAAGACGAUGUGGAAGAUAUGAUGGAUUUUUCCCUCUCCCAUCACAUGGAGAACGAAGAAGUUUCGACUCGCAGUUCCCUCCGCAUUGCCAAAUCGGAGGAUCGAUGGGUUCGUUAUUGGCGCAUCAUGUUGAUGCUGGUCUUGUUGGCUGUGGCAGUUGGUGUGAGUGUCACCGUCUUUCUAGUCUUCCAACAGAAAGAAGAGGACGACUUUCAUCGGGCGUAUGAAGACCACGCCAAGAAGAUCCUCGGAUCUUUCAAACGCAAUGCCGUGAUGCGCCUUUCCGCCGUCGAAUCAUUGGCGGUGGGCAUUGCCUCGAGCGCCAAGGCGCAAGGACAAGUUUGGCCGAAUGUGACAUUCCCUGAUUUCGAACAGCGCGUUCGCUAUGUGUUAGAUUUGGCCUGGAUGAUCUCGUUGCAGUUUUAUCCCAUUGUGCAGCCCGCGACACUCGACGGGUACAAUGCCUUUACUGUGGCCAAUCAGGGAUGGUUGCAAGAGGGAUUGGAUUGGCAAGAAGCCAACCGCAAUGGGAACUUUAAUGAAACCUUUGAAAACGCCAUCCUUCCAGCGCCACUCCGUAGCAUGACCAGGAUCCCCAACAAAGUCCGCCAGUGGCCUCGAGGACAGAGACCCUUGCCCCCUAACGGCCCGUACAUUCCACUAUGGCAGAUUUGCCCCGUCUUUCCGGCGUGGAGUGGUAUCAGCCAUAACUCCUAUGGACAACCAACUAGGCGGCCCUAUUGGGAUCAAUUACUGGAAAACCAGGAACCCUUGGUGACGACGGCAUUCGAUUACACCAAUACCAGUAACCCAGCGACAGCCGGAAAACUCGCAUCUCUCAUGCUGUACUCGAAUCGAAGAGAGUUGGCCUUUGAGUAUGAGGCAGGGCCCGUUAGUGACUUUUAUUGGCCCAUCUUUGAAGAGGACGGAGGUCCACUCGUCGGGGCUUUGAGUGGAUAUGUGUACUGGCAGGUUUACUUUGAGAACAUCCUUCCCGGAGAUGCGCAGGGGAUGAUGGCUGUCUUGGAAAACAAUGAGGUCUGUGGGGGUCAAUCAUUUACUUAUCUCAUCAAUGGACCAUCGGCUACCUACAUUGGACCAGGGGAUCUAUCGGAGCCCGAAUAUCACGAGUGGAAACGUGAGACAGGAUUUGGGGCAUUCCUCAACAGCUAUGAUGACGAUAAGUGUCAUUACAAUGUGAAAAUCUACCCUUCCAAACAAAUGGAGGAUGGGUUUACGACCAGUGGACCCAUGAUCUUUGCCAUUAUUGUGGCGGCAACGUUUGUCUUUACCAGUUGUGUGUUUCUUGGCUAUGACAGCUUUGUGGAAGUGCGUCAAAAAGCCGUAAUGAAAACGGCAGUGCAAUCUACGGAAGUGGUCAAUACGCUGUUCCCAGAACCUGUCCGAAAUCGAUUGUUUGACGAAUCCACAAACAAGGCCCCACCACAAAACUUUCAUUCUACUGAUCUGGAACAGCCAGCUGCUGAAAAAGAAGACGCCAUUGCCGAUUUGUAUGAAAACUGCACGGUCUUUUUCGCCGACAUAGCUGGCUUUACAGCAUGGAGUGGCAACAACCGCGAACCAAAGGAUGUCUUCAAACUUCUGGAAGCUCUGUACGGGGUAUUUGACAAGAUUGCCGCCAAGAGGGCAGUGUUCAAAGUGGAGACGAUUGGCGAUUGCUAUCUUGCUAUUACAGGCGUACCAAAGCCUCAAAAGGAUCAUGCCGUGAUCAUGGCCAAGUUUGCGGCCGAGUGUAUGACUGCCAUGAACCAGAUUAUUCACAACGAGUUGAUCCAUUCCUUGGGAGCUGAUACUGCAGAUCUGCAAAUGAGAGUGGGAAUACAUAGUGGACCGGUUACUGCUGGUGUUCUGAGGGGCGAAAGAGCUAGAUUCCAGCUCUUUGGUGACACGGUGAACACUGCGAGUAGGAUGGAAAGUAACGGGCUUGCAGGAAGAAUCCAAGCAUCUAUGUCGACAACCGAGCUUCUUAUAGCUGCGGGGAAAAAGGAAUGGCUCGAGGAAAGAGAAGGGGGAAUCGAAGCAAAAGGAAAGGGGCGACUUCGAACCUUUUGGGUUACACCCAGGAGCUCAAGGUCUUCCAUUGGACAGAGAUCCGUUAGGUCUUCCGAUAAUGGUCAUCUUGGCAACGCAGUCAUUCGCCCACCUGGAGCCACAGAAGCCACAGAAGACGAACUAGUUUCGUCUUCCGAAAAUGGUCCCGGUGACAACGCAGCCUUCCGCUCACCAGGAACCACAGAUGAAAUCUCGGCGGCUCCCGGAAGUGGUCCCGUUGACAACGCAGCCGUCCUCUCACCAGGAACCACAGAUGAAGUCGCUUUCGCCGACGAAUCGCCAAGUUGGGACGGAGAGAGCUGUUAGGAUGUCGACAGUCCAUACAUGUACUAAAGGUGGAAGUCGGUCUACGAUGACUUGCAUCAUUAGUAAUUUUUAUUGCUCAUUCUUCCCAAAC